AUGUACAUAUUAAUGCCAUUGUUUCUAUCAGAGGAUGAGGUUAAUGUCCAUUGCACUGACUUGGGACCCAUUUAUAGACAAGAGAGGGAGAAGCUGACUGAUACUGAACUGAUUAAAAUACUGUCAGACUUUAAGAAUAUUGGUAGACACAAGCUUCAGACUAUACCAGGUAGUCUCAAUGUAUCAAUAAUAGGAUCAGCAACACCUGGAGUAAUAUUCACUCCUUCCUAUCUUCCUGUUAAAAGCACUGUACCAAGACAACUGACACCUGAUACACAAGCCAGUCUUGAAGUGAGGGAGUUCCUCUCUUUGGAUUCAUACGACUCAUUCUCUCAUUGUUCCCCUCACAUCUCACACAUCAACCACUUCUAUGUCUAUCCAGUCUCUCUUAAAUAUGACACUCAGAAGAGCUUCCCAAAAGCUCGCAAUAUAGCAGUGACUAUUGAAGUGAGGGAUAAUGACACUGAUAGAUACACAAGACCACUAAAAGUGAUAUACAGUAAAUCAUCCAGUGAUGAGUUGUUAGUAGACAGUGUCACUACUCCAGUUCUGUAUCACUGUACCUACCCAUCCUUUUAUGAUGAGAUAAAGAUCCAGCUGCCUACGAGGAUCAAUAGACGUCAUCAUUUAUUAUUCACUUUCAAGCACAUCAGUUGUGAUAUUCAGAAGAUUGCUAAAGGAGGCGGGGCCAGUGGAAGAGGCUCAGUUAAACAUAACAGCAUUGAAACCAUUGUUGGUUAUUCUUGGUUGCCUCUGCUUGGAAAUGAUGGAAGGAUCAAUUCUGAGUCAUUGCUAUUACCAGUGUUAGCAGCUGCUGAAUUACCUCCUGCCUACUUAUCAAUAACAAGAAAAGAUCUUGAGAAGAAAGAAUUUCCUAUACCUGAUGGCGUGAAGUGGUAG